UUGUUUUUAAUUUCCCAUCUACCUCAAGAAAGAAAGAAGAAAAGGAUUUAUUCUUCGUCACCCUUUUGGCCUCUUCUGCAUGCAUUCGCCCUCCGAAGAUUACUGAAGCGGGGAUUUUUCAUGCGCUUGUCGAUGAAAAGGGUCUCGUGAAAGCCGAAUAAAAAUUCGUAAAUUAUGAGGGACCCUGAUAUUCGUUUGUAAUUUACAGUUUUUUUGUUUAGGUAGAUUUUUUUGUUUCCCUUUUUUUUUUGGUUCGUCAUUGGUUUUGUUUGGAGAAAAAUUAAAAAAAAAGGAAGAAAAAGGAAGAAACCUGGCGGAUUUGUAUAGCAAGUUGUGUAGAGUCGUGGCUUUCAUCGAGCAAUGGGGGAUAGAUGGGACCCAUUUGGAUUUGGGUUUUCGUUUUUCUUGGCUUUGAUUCUUUUCUCGGGAACUCCAGUUUGUUGGUCGCUCAAUGAUGAAGGAAUCCUUUUGUUGGCAUUCCGGGUGAGGAUCAAUUCUGAUCCUUUUGGUGCUUUGGAGAGUUGGAAUCAUAAUGAUGAAAGUCCUUGCUUGUGGUGGGGUGUUAAUUGUCAAGAGGGCAAAGUUCAAAUGCUGAAUAUGAGUGGUCUUUCUUUGCAAGGAACAUUGGCACCUGAGCUCGGGAAACUUCCUCACUUAAGAGCUCUGGUACUUUACAAGAACCACUUUUCUGGUGCAAUUCCUAAAGAUAUUGGAGAGCUAAGAGAGCUGGAGCUGCUGGAUUUGAGAGACAAUAACUUGAGUGGAACAAUUCCGGCUGAAAUAGGCAGUAUGCAAUCACUGAAAUAUUUGUUGCUUUGUGACAAUAGAUUUGAAGGAAGUCUUCCUAUGGAUCUUGGUAGGCUCAACUUGCUCUCUGAAUUUCAGUUUGACAAUUACCUCGCACCGACAGGGUUCCCUGGAAUUGGUGGUGUGAGCAGAAAGUUUGGACACUGGUUCAGUUUCAAAAAAGACCCUUUGCAUAGUGGUGGACACAGUUGCUGUGAGAAUCUUCCAAGUGCAUCUGAGCCGCAUGUGGUUGAGAGUGGUCAGAAUUUUGUCAGUUUUUCACGGCGUAGACUACUAGAACAAGCUAGUAAUCUCCCGGCUGCACCAGCAAGUGGUGAAUCAUCUUCUGGAAAAGUCGUUGCUCUUCCAAUGACCCGAAGUAGUGGGUCUUUCCGAGCUGUGCCAGCUAGGAAGAGGAAACACUCUCCUGCACCUUCCCCACUUCCUUCAUCCGCCUCUCUUCAAAAACAUCAUCCCUUGAAUCCAGAAGAGAAGCCUUCUGGGUUUCCUGUAAAGCCAAUUACGCAGCCUUCGUCUGACAGUUCCUCUGGAAACAUGUGGAAGUAUGUAAGUAUCACCGGAGGAGUGUCUGUCUUCUUGAUUGUUGCUGCAGCAAUGUUCUGCAUGUGCCGGAGCAAAGCUGUGAAAACCAUAGGUCCUUGGAAAACUGGACUCAGUGGACAGUUGCAGAAAGCAUUUAUAACAGGAGUUCCAAAGUUGAACCGUUCAGAGCUGGAAAGCGCCUGUGAGGAUUUUAGCAAUAUCAUUAGCACAGUUGAUGGUUGCACUGUGUACAAGGGAACACUCUCCAGUGGAGUUGAGAUUGCGGUUGCAUCAACCACGAUAUCUUCUUUCAAAGACUGGACAAAAGUUGCAGAAAUGGCUUAUCGAAAAAAGAUUGAUACUCUCUCAAGGGUGAACCACAAAAAUUUUGUCAAUCUUAUUGGCUACUGCGAAGAGGAUGAGCCCUUUGUCAGGAUGAUGGUAUUUGAGUAUGCUCCAAAUGGUUCCUUGUUUGAGCAUCUGCAUGUUAAAGAAGUUGAACAUCUUGAUUGGAAUGCAAGAAUGAGGAUUGUAAUGGGAACAGCCUACUGCCUCCAAUAUAUGCACCAUGAUCUAAAUCCGCCUGUAGCGCAUCCUAACCUGAACUCAACUUCCAUCUAUUUAACAGAUGACUAUGCAGCAAAGAUCGCAGAUAUUGGUUUCACAACAAAGCACAAGUCAAAGCAUCAAACCGAUGACGAUAAAGAAAACUCCGAAUUGCCCCCCUCUGCCGAUCCAGAAACAAACGUAUAUUGCUUCGGAAUCUUGUUGCUGGAGAUCAUUUCAGGAAAGCUCUCGUACUCGGAAGAACAAGGGUCCCUUGUGAACUGGGCUGCUGAUUACUUAAAUGACAAAAGAAGCAUCAGUUACAUGAUCGAUCCGAGCCUCAAGUCCUUCAAGAACAAUGAGUUGGAUGUGAUCUGCGAGGUUAUCCAAGAUUGCAUCCCACCGGACCCGAGACAGAGACCAACAAUGAAGGAAAUCACUUCCAAGUUGAGGGAAGUGAUUGUGAUCUCACCGGACCAAGCCACCCCAAGACUUUCUCCACUCUGGUGGGCUGAACUGGAAAUUUUGUCAGUAGAGGCCACCUAAUAAAGUCCUCUUUUGAAGAAUCUCUUCUCUCUGAUGUUGUUGCUGUGUUUGUAAGUCAGUCUUUGUAUCAAAAUGAUAGAGAAAAAAAAAAGAUUCUUAUUUGUGCUUCCCCUGCCUAACUUGGUAUUUUCAAUCCCCCUUUUUGCCUCCUUUUAUUUAUUUUUUUCUUUUCCUCCUUAUCAUCCUUCAUCCCAUUCCUUUCACAUUUCUUUCCCUUUUCUUCUCCCAUUUUCUGAAAGAAUAAUAACGGAAAACGUGUGCUAUAUAAAUGUUCUCACGAGUUGGGUGUGGUAACUUAAUACACACCAGAUGUAUAUAUGUUAUUCUUUUACCUUUUUUAUUUUUUUAUUUUUUUAAUUUUAUUUUUGGUCAGUGGGAUAUAUCAUAUAUGUAAAUCUAACAUAGCACUGGGAUGCCUUAGACCCUUUUGAACAAGUUAGUUUGCUUCAUUUAUAUUAUCCAUAGAUUGCUGAGUCA